UGACAACCUGUUUGCGCUUGACCUGACUGCUAUUAGCGAGCCCACUCCGGGCCCUUCAGGAGGAGCCCGCUGUAUGCGAGCUCGUGCCUUAGAGGAUGAUUCCACGCGUCAUAAUAGCUUGGUUGUGUAUCUUAGGCGUCGCCGCACACGCAGGCGCAUUGGACGUGGACCCUUGUACCACCAAUAAAUGCUACGACCGGUUCGCGGAAUGUUUGCCUUCGGGCCCGGGGACCCUCAACUGCUCCGCCUGCCAGACGGGCUUCGUGCACGCGAGCUUGGUCGGCUCGGCGGAGCUCAUUUGCGUCCGAGACGGCGCGCACUGCCAGGACAAGGCCCCGUACGUAAACCCGACGCUGCACACGUCCUGCCAUGAUGCGGACGGGUGCCAUGCGGGGUGGACCUGGAACGCAACACAAGGCAACUGCGUGGACGUCGACGAAUGCGCGCCAGGGUCGCCGUACAACCGUUGCGGGCCCGUGGCGGAGUGCAUCAACAUCGUGGGCAACCAUGUGUGUUUGUGCCCACAGCUCCAGGAGCACUAUGGAGGCACCUACGACGGCCACUACCGCUUCGACCGAGGGUCGCAGCAGUGCGUAGACGACACCGCGAGCCCGCCGUGCGUGUGGCCGCAAUUCCGGUUCGAGGGCCAAUGCGUCGAGGACCCGUGCCAGUUCAGUCCAUGUGCCAAGCACGAGCGGUGCAUCACCGCGCCUGAUGGCAGCGACGUCUUCUGCGCCUGCAAGGGCCAGCGUGUUGACGGCGUGUGCAAACUCUCGCCGUGCCUGACGGACCCGUGCCCUCAGCCCUGGGCCACUUGCUUCAACAACAACGACUGGAGGGGCAGGCGAUGCGGCGGCCGCUCGUGCGAUGGUGUCACGUGCGAGGCCGGCCAGCACUGUAAUUCGGGUAUAUGUGUGCCCGACUCUGACAAGACAUGCGUGCUGCCGGACUGGUGGUGUAAUGACGAGGGCGAGGUGCUGGCGAAGUCGGACUGCGGCGACGGGGAUGGUGUGGACGACUGGGCCUGCGUCAACCCCGCGACCGGGCAGCGCAAGGUGCUGCUCUCCUCCUCCGACUGCGGCGAUGACCACUGGCCGGAUGCUCCCAGGUCGUGGUGCCCUCCCCUGUUCAACAACCUGACGUGCCCGCUGCCCUGGGACCAGUGGUGUACCGACCCCGGCUACGUGCGCCAGAGGCUGGACUGCGGCGACGGCGACGCGGCAGACGACUGGGUGUGCACCCGCCCAUCCUCCGGCGAGCGCGGUGUGCUGCUGUCCUCCUCCGACUGCACGGAAGACCACUGGCCGGACGCGGCGGAGGCGCUCUGCCCGCCCCUGUUCAACCGCACGAUGUGUCCCCUGCCUUCUGACGACUGGUGCACUGGCGACGGCCUGACGCUAGAGCAGGUGGAUUGUGGAGACGGAGACAGCGUCCUGGACUGGGUGUGCACACACAACGUCACCGCGCAGCGGAAGGUGGUCUUGUCAUCCAACUGCACUUGCGACCACUGGCCACAAGCGGACAAGUCCCUGUGCCCGCCGCGCUUCGCACCCUAGCUGUCAGUGUCAGCUGAACCGGAACUGGAAGUUUAUAGCAAGCAUCUACAUACAUAUUAGGCUUCAUACAUUUCAUAAGCUGACGAUAUGUGACAACCGAUGGACCAGCAAGAGGC